AUGUCAAUUACGCAUGCAGAGACAAUCUACACACCGCUACCUCCGCCUAACAUUUCCUCCAAAACCGUCAAAGAACCACCGGAAUUGAGCCUCACCUCAGAUCACCAAAGGUUGUUCGAUGAAGUACUUGCACACUAUUCCAAUGAAAAAUAUACAAUUCCUGCUGUGGAAGAUGGGAAGCUACGCGAGGAGGAGAAAUUCUGGCUGUCCUACGAAUGUCUACUCAGAUACUUGCGUGCAACCAAAUGGCACAGCGCGCAUGGCGUUAUCAAGCGUAUAGACGCAACGCUCAAAUGGCGCCGUGAGUAUGGUGUAUACGACCUUAUCACUGCCUCGUACGUGGAGCCGGAGGCAGUGACAGGCAAGAUGGUUCUGUUCGGGUACGACAUCGACGGCCGCCCUGCACUAUACCUGCGCCCCAGUAAGCAGAAUACCUCUGAAAGCAUCCGCCAGCUACAUCUGGUCGUGUGGUUACUUGAGCGUACUGUGGAUCUUAUGGGCCCAGGAGUCGAGACCAUUGCACUCAUGGUCGACUUCGCUGACCGGUCGCGAUCACCGUCUUUCGGCCAGUCUCAUGCAACACUCAACAUCCUUCAGGACCAUUAUCCCGAGCGCCUCGGCCGCGCGCUGAUUACGAACGUCCCGUUCCUACUGAACGCCUUCUUCAAGAUCAUCACGCCGUUUGUCGACCCUGUCACGCGGCCGAAGAUGCGCUUCAAUCCGCAAUGCGUCAGCGAGGGCCUGUUCGAGGCUCCUCAGCUUCUUCGCGAAUGGGGCGGUGACUGCGUGUUCGAGUACGAGCACGAGCAGUACUGGCCUGUGCUCGUCCAGCUGUGCGCGGAGCGCAGGGCGAAGAUGAGGGAGGGCUGGCGCGCGCGCGGCGCCACCGUCGGCGUCAGGGAGUGGGAUAUUAAGGUAGCGGUGUUCGGCGAGGGCCUUCAGGAUACCCCGAAUGGCGACGUGCAGGUAACGGAGAGGGUCGAAAUCGCUGCGAAUGGACAUGUUGCGAAGGCCCCAGACGAGAAGGUCGCCGUUAGAGAGAUUGAGGCCGAGAAGGUCCAGGAAGUUCAGUGA